AGAAACCAAAACCCAAACAACCCCAAAUAAUAACAAGAGGUUAGCGCUGGAGAUAAAGAUUUAUCCAAUAUGCAAAAACCAGGAGUCUCAGUGAAAACUGUCUGUGUCCUAAAAACAUUGGUUUCUUGUCAUUGAAAAGGACUUUUAUUGUACUGUGAUUGAUGAAGAAUAUCAGAGCCAAAUCUGAGCAUAAAGCAUUUUUUUAUGAAAAAUAUGGGAUACUUUUAAUGCAAAACCUGUAUGUAAGUGUGUGAGAAGAAGAGAGUGGCAGCGCUCUUUAUAUGGGCACUUACCAGUGUUGUAGUAAAACUGAUUAACAGUGAUGUGAAAGCUAAACUGAGUGGCAGCAGUAAACAAGAUAAUUACUUCACUGCUGGGCUUGGAAAACAGAGUCCAAGCAGGCGAGAGGUAACCAGAGACAGAUGACAGCAGCAGGGGGCAGAACGAGUUAAAUACUCAGCCAAUAAAGGCCAUCCCAUCUCAGCCCAAUGGUCCAAAGAGCUGUAAAAGAGGAGGUUUUGUCCCUCUUUGCUCAGUCUGAUGGGUCCACACACCCACAGUCCUGAUCAGAAAUGUCCACUAAACUUUAGAGCAAAACAAGGAUUUUUUUCCAACGUAUUCCUGGAUAUCAGGACGCGCAGGAAACAAAAUGUGAGCACUAAUGGGACGCAGGAGAACAACACACCUGAAGAGGGAAUUAACGCCUUUGCUGUUUUUCACUGUGUGAUGACAGCUGCUGCACUGAUAGACUCGGAUGACGUCAUCACGCGAGAUGAGCAGAUCUAUGUUCUGAUUGGUGCCCAUGCCAGGUGUGAGAGGAGCAUUCGAGCUCAAAUGACCCUCAUCAAAGAUGGGGAAUGUGCUCCAGAGUGGGAUGGGAUUAUCUGCUGGCCCCGAAGCAGAGCGGGCCAGCUGGUCUCAGUGCAGUGUCCAGCAUACAUCUAUGACUUCAACCACAGAGGGCGAGCUUACCGCCAGUGUGAUGGGUCAGGGAACUGGGAGCUGGCGCCCAGUAACAACCACACAUGGGCAAACUACACGGAGUGCACCCAAUACCUGAGCUCCAACCACAGAAACAUGGAGGAGAAGGUGUUUCAGCGGCUCCAUCUCAUGUACACUGUCGGCUACUCCAUUUCUCUGGCAUCUUUGUUGGUGGCAAUCUCCAUCCUUUGCUAUUUCAAGCGCCUCCACUGCACACGCAACUACAUUCACAUUCACCUCUUCACCUCCUUCGUUUGUCGAGCUGUUAGCAUCUUUGUGAAGGACGCUGUGCUCUACUCCAUAUCUGAGGCCAACAGAGCUGAGUCUGAAUUCACAGCGGUGAAGCCGCCUAUGGCUGGUUGUAAAGCUGCUGUUACUCUCUUCCUGUACUUCCUUGCAACCAAUCAUUACUGGAUUUUGGUGGAGGGAUUGUACCUCCACAGCCUCAUCUUUAUGGCUUUCCUAUCUGACAAGAACUACCUGUGGGCCCUCACCAUCAUGGGCUGGGGUGUUCCGGCUGUGUUUGUGUCCAUUUGGGUCAGUGCACGAGCUUCACUGGCAGAUACUCAAUGCUGGGACAUCAGUGCUGGAAACCUGAAGUGGAUCUACCAAGUUCCCAUUCUGGCAGCCAUUGUUGUGAAUUUCCUCCUUUUCCUUAAUAUUAUCCGUGUCCUGGCCUCUAAACUCUGGGAAACCAACACCGGUAAGCUGGACCUUCGACAGCAGUACAGGAAGCUCCUCAAGUCCACCUUGGUCCUCAUGCCUUUAUUUGGAGUCCACUACAUAGUUUUUAUGGCCCUUCCCUAUACUGAGGUUACUGGGCUGCUGUGGCAGGUGCAGAUGCAUUAUGAGAUGUUCUUCAACUCUUCACAGGGGUUUUUUGUGGCGUUCAUCUACUGCUUCUGCAAUGGCGAGGUGCAGGCAGAGGUUAAAAAGGCUUGGUUAAGACGUAGCUUGGUGCUGGACCUCAAACAGAAAGCCAGGAUGACAAGCAGCGGCGGUGGAAGCUGCUACUACGGAGGCAUGAUGUCGCACGCCACCACCCACAGCGUCUGCAUGUCCGCCACUCAUCCCAGAGCUUUUUCCUUCACAGGAGGAACAACGAGCUCAGGAGGGGCAGCUGGUGGGUCAGGGGUCAGGCCGCCUCGUCUCUCUGCCCCGUCAUCUCUCCUCCACAAUCAUAGCAGCUUGUGUGUGUUCGUUCCCAGCACCGCUGAGACCUCAGGCCCCCAGCAGGACCUGGCUGUGUGGGAACCAGGGAUGGCUGAGUCAGAGGUUUUUGUCCGACAUACUAGAGCCAACAAAGGGAAUGAUAACUGCAGCAGUAAUGGAGCAGAAGAUCCAGACUGCCCCUUAUCUGUAAAGGAGUUGGAAACCAUUUUGUAAUCUUUGCUGAUCGAAAAUUACAGACUUUGUGGGGAGGAUACGUUUUGCCUUCCAAAAGUAUUCAUACGUCUUGAACCAGUUGUGUUUUUUGAUAUGGGCUGUGUGCCGCCCAAGGCACUAUUCCAUUGGGAGAAGUCUCUAAUUCCUGAAAUAAAAAAAUUUAAAAAUUUAAACACGCCCCAAAUUAGCUUAUUUGCUUAGUAGUCUAAUCUGGCAGGUCAGUGGAAGUGAAAUUUGAAUCCAGUUUGUUUAUUAGACUAAAGUAAGUGGUUAUUUCACAGUUAAAUGGGGUGCGAAUGCUUUUGUAAGGGUGUGUAUUUUGUCGGUAGUUUGAGGUUUGUGAUUUGCUAGGUUUUUAUGGGCUCAAAUUAAAGUCGCAUAAACAGUGACGGAAUACAAACAUAUUCUCCACGCAUGGUUCAUGUCUUAUUAUUUGAGCGCUCCGGUUCUGUUCUGAUUUAUGGUGCCUUUAUUUAAUUUCUCCCACUGUAUGAGUCGUGUUACUGAUUUUUUUUUUUUUUUUUCUUUCCAUUCAUGGGACAGUAAUGUAACUGGAUUUAUGUGCAAACAAUGAAGACGUGAAGCUGGAAAGGGUUUCAUGAAGCUAACGGACACUAUAGAUGUAUAAACAGUGAGACAUUUUCCAGUGUGAUCCUUCUCCCUGCUCUCAUCUGCCCAGUGUUUGGUUUUCCAAGCUCCUGUGGAGGACCCUCAGUCCAAACUGUACUUCCGAUGACACUCCUUUCUCCAAAAGUAGACCUCCACAUGGUUACAGAGAGACAUCAUACAGUAACUCCAGCUCCUACUUUAACAAUCCCUCCAUCAACAUCUCAGGAUUUUCUUUGGGUCAGUCAAGUCUAGACGGUGUGUCUAGACAAAUCUCCCUCCUUGUUGUUGCCCAAAGUGAUAUGAACAGUCCUAUUUAUCAAAGUGACAGGACUCACAGGGCUGAUGCGUGCACUUUUUACCCUUGAUUCCUUCCUCCGGUGUGACCUCUGCCCUGAGUUCCCUCACAACACCAUCCAGAAUUUCACACAUCCCCUUCAGGCUGCGGCUCGGAGCAACAGACACCUGAGUUAUUUUGGAGACCUCGAGCAUGAGUGAAAAACCUGCAGCGCAAGCCGACCAGUAUUCACAAGAUAAACAGACAAAAGGACUGCAUCUGUAAAUAGUUUAUGACGCUUGCUCUGUGUUAUAUGUUAAUUGUAAAAAAAAGAAAGAAAUUCUGAUAAUUUAAUAAACAUUUUUGGACUACAAUGUGAUAUUUCUAAUAAAUUGUGCAAACUUGAA